AUGCCCUCUUCUGCUGCUCAUGAACAAGACGCUUCCAAUGCUCCCAUUAACCCUAGUGAGAUUCUUGAAGUCACUCCUUUGCAGAUGGUAACCCCUUUCGAUCUCGUGACAAAACGACCCAGAACUAUGCAUGCACAAAGAACCAAAGAGACUGCAAGAAGACCUAGAAAUCCCAACUCUGGUCAGACCUCUCAAUCUUCUGUUCCUCCUUCUAAGGAAGAGCUAACCAAAGAAAUCUCAAGGUCUAAUCACCUAGAUAUUGUCAAAAUUGUUACCCAAAUCCUAAAUGAGGAGAAUGCUUCAUCCAAGAUCCCUGGUCCUGAGAAUCCUGUGCUUCCUAAGUCAAAUGUCUUUGAGCAUGUUAGUGACACCGGUGAAAUCUGUGUUCCAACAAAUGAUGAAAUGAAUGAAAAUAUGCAUGUCAGUAACAAGAAAAGAAAUGAUGGCCAAACUGAAAACAAAGAACCAGAGAAAACUCAAACUGACACAGUAAUCAACCUUGAUGAUAUCUUUGAUGAUGACCUGAAGGCAUGGAGCAAAGUGGUGCCUAAGAAGAGAAAGGCUAUAAGCAGUUCUGAGAAUGAGUCAGAUUCUGAUGUUGCUGCGAAUGUCAAUGACAUUCAUCUUAAGAAGAAGGUCUCUAAUAGCAAACUGGCUGCUAGUGUUCCUGAAAUACCUAUUGAUAACAUUUCCUUUCACUACCCCUCCAGUGUACUCAGAUGGAAAUUUGUCUACCAUAAAAGACUGGCCUUAGAGAGAGAACUUACUCAGAAUGCUCUUGAGAAUGAUGAGAUUAUGAAUCUUAUUCAUGAGGAUGGACUAAUGAAGACUGUGACUCAUCUCUCUAAGUGUUAUGAAAUCUUGGUGAAGGAGUUCAUUGUGAAUCUUCAUGAAAACUGCGGCAAUAAGGAAACUGAGGAGUAUUUAAAAGUGUUUGUUAGAGGAAAAUGUAUUAAAUUCUCGCCCACUGUGAUCAACAAAUUUCUGGAAAGGUCCAAUCAAGCUCAGCCAGAACUGGAAGUGUCUGAUAAUCAAAUGUGCAAAGAGAUUACAGCUGGCCAGGUGCCAACUCAACACAAGUCUACAAUUUCUGCACGACUAGGUAAAUUCAUCUUUGCUAUUGGUACUAAAUCCAAAGUUGAUUAUGGAACUUAUAUUUUUAAGCAAACCUUAAAGCAUGCUGGUAGCUAUAGUAUCAAAGGUCCCAUUGCUUUCCCUUCCCUCAUCUGUGGAAUCAUCUUAAAACAAUUUCCCAACAUUUUGACUGACAAAGAUUCUGUGUGCAAAAGAGCAAGUCCUUUAAUAUUUCAUCAUAAGCUAUUCCAAGGAACUCAUGUUCAUGAUAUUAACAAAACUUCGGCUGGACCAUCAAAUGAAAGCACCAUUAUGAGCAAAACUUCCAUGGUUGCUGUGCUCCGAGAAACUUGUAAGGAGCUGGAGGCCAGAAAAUUGGCCCUUGAAAGAUUGAUCAGCUCUAUUGAAACGAGUGAAAGUGCUAAAUCUGCAGAUACUAAUGUGGCAGAACAGGGUGCAGAUGAUGGUGUCUCAGACAACGAGGUUGUGAAAGAAUCCAUUACUGAAGACGGGACCGAGAACAGUGUAGAGUUCAGUAGCUCUGAGUCUGACGACUGA